GUGUGUGUGUAGUGUUGUUAGACGUUGGACGUUGGUGUAAAGAGUGAGGUUAGGUUAGGAAAGGACAACAGUUCUAUGUCUCUCGAUAAACUGAAAGAUUAAAAGUACAUUUAUUGUAAUUCGUUAAACAGUAACCCUGAGAAAUAUGGAUCGUAGUGAUGAUAAAGAUCCAACGUGUGUUAUAAAAUUACUUGAUGAUUUUCGAUCAUCUUCAGCUAACAAAAGAACAUUGUUCGGGGCUAAACAAAGUUUCCCAUUUGGAUUUCCUCCUCCCAGCAUGACAAAACGUACCAAAUUAAACUUUGACGAUUCUUUAUCUCACAGUCAGAAUGAAAGUGGGCCUUCUAAGAAACUUAAACUUGGAGACGAAUCUGCAGACUCAUCUAUAGACUCGUCUAAAGUUAGUGAAUCUUCUGUUAUGGCCUCACCAUGGGAAGCUCGGCGCUUGAAAGCUGAGUUAGCUGAAGCUAGAGCUCAGAUUGCCUCCUUGGAGGCAAGAUUCAACAAAGUGUAUGCACUUCGACGAGAGACGGAACUUGUGUUUGAACAGGAAAAAAAUGAACUGCAGAGACAAAUAGAGUGGGAUCGAAACAAAAUUCAAGAACUAGAACAACGUCUAAAAACUGUGCGGAAGAGAGAAGCCGAAGCUCGUGAUGAGUUGGAUAAAUUUCGAAACUCUCAGAAACAAGAUAAAUAUAACUUAGAUGAUCGCUGUGAGAAAUUGCAACUAGACAACGCACAACUGAAGGAUAAGCUGACCGAGCUGGAAGCGACAAGCAGAGAGAAGUGUGAGGCUGUGGAACGACAGUUAGCCAGUGUGGAGGUCGAAGCCGCCAAUGUUAAGGCAGAACUCGUGGAUGCUAAGAAGCUGGUCGAGGAAUUGACCUGUGACUUGCGUGAGCGGCGACGAGAACUGCGGCAGUUGGAGACAAAUAAAACUAAACUUCUUGUGGCUCAGCAGCGAAUCAAGGAGCUAGAGUAUGAACGAGAGAUUCACAUGGAGGCCUACAACCUGGCACAGAAUCAACAGACCAAGCUGUUACGGGUCACUGAACUGGAGAAAGAACUGGCAUCACUCAAAGAGGAAAAUAAGAACUUACGGCAGGCCACAUCCAACACAGUGUACCUGGAAGGCUUGGUUGAGGAUUUGCGUUCUCGUGUCGCGCAGACGGAGGAGCGAGAGCGUGAGUGUGUCAGUCUACGUGUGGAGCUGGGCGUGGUGACCACUCGGUUGGCAGAGUGGUCGGAGUUACAUCGUGUGGUCAUCGGACACUCGCCAGGCCCAGGCCAGGGUCCUCUGGCUUUGCGACGCUACAUAGAGACCUUGCAGCAACGAGAGCUCGCCCUUUCCCAAGAGAAAGCUACUGCAGAAAGAGAAUCAAAAAGCAUUAAGGAAGCACACAAUGAAAAACUAAAAGAACUGCAAGAAGCUAACACUCAACUUUCGACAUUAAAGAAGAACUUGGAAUUGCAAUCAACAAAAGUUAGGAGGCUGCGGAAACAAAUAACUCUGAUAACUUGGGAGAGAGAUGACCUGCGUAACCUGGUGGACUCGUGCCAGAAGGAGGUGACGAUGACGUCUGCCUCACUGGAGUCUCUGCCUAAUGCCAGACUGGAGGCUCUGGAGAGACUUGUCAGUGGCUACCAACAGCGCAUGGAGCAGCUGGAGGCAGACCCUAGUCUGGCAGUGGUCGACCCUGAGGGGAUCAGUAACAAAGCAGCUGCCGAGCGUCUAGACAAGUUGGUUGCGGAGAAUGCGGCUUUGACCAAGGAAAAAGACGCACUCAUGAAGGAGGUUGAAGAGCUGAAGAUCCAAAUGGAGUAUCGUUCACUCAAGGGAGACUUUGAUAUGCGAGACUGCAAGAUACUGCACUUUAAAAUGAACCCAGUGGCGGAGGCAGAGCAGAAGCAGAUGUCAGAGCUGGAGAUUGCUCACGCGGAGCUGGCUAGGUUGAGAGAGAGACUACGACUGAUGGAGGAGGGACAGACUCACGACCUCACCUCCGUGGUCAAUGAUAGAAUGGCCUCUACAAGCACCAAGGAGAUGGAGGAACUGAAAGAGAAGAUUAAGUCUUUUGAAAGGCAGAACCAGAGGCUACGAGAAGUGUUCAAGACAACCAGCCAUGAGUUCCGUGAGGCGGUGUACCAGCUAUUUGGCUACAAAGUAGAUGGACUGGCCAACAAGAUCUAUCGGCUGAGCAAUCUGUACGCGGAGGCCCCUGAUGACCAUCUACUCUUCAAGAUGUCCAGUGGAGGCAUGGAGCUACUAGAGACUCCAUUCUCCAGCAGUUGCGGAGAGAUGAUCGACCUCCAUCUCCACCAUCAUCACUCCAUUCCUAUGUUCCUCUCAGCUCUAACCAUGGACUUGUUCCAACGACAGACCAUGACAGUCCACUAGACCAUGGCACUACAGCCUAUGAACAUAUUGUAAAUGUGUUAUUGUGAUUUGGUUUUGAUAGUUUGUUACCUCUAAAUACUCAAAACAACCUUCUAGAAGAGGAUUAGGAUGUAACAUAGCACCCAAGUUUUGAUGGUAUUUGUUAGGAGGUUCACCUAAAUGGGAAAGCGUCUACUCUGAAGAAACAUACAAGUUCACCAUAACAAAAGUUUGUUGAUUCUUGUGUUGGAAUGGUUUCCUAUUUAAGCCGGCUAUCGUAACAAACAUCCUGAAAACCUUCAAGGAAACUUGUUCAGGAGUGUAUCGUAUUCUAGGUUUUUAAUGAAUUUUGUACCUAAAACUAUGAGUUUAUGUCUGUAAAUUGUAUACCAUGUGUAAACUCUAAUAUUCCAGCAACAGUAUUAACGUGAUGAACUUGUACAAAUUUUGGAGUAAUCUAUUGAUCGAUGCUGGAAAAUGGUGUGUAAAUUUUCUGGUAUUAUAUUUACCAGAUUUCAUAUAAUGUAAAGCAAAUUGACUGAUACUAAGUAAGACAUAGUAGUUCCCUCCUGACUUUGACCAUGUAUAUUGUCAAUAUAAAAUCUAAUCAAUUUAUUAUACUAAGCUGGAUUGAUACCUAGCUGAACAAUUCGAAACAUGUUGGAUGUAUUAUUGUCCGUACACACUUCCCAGGAAUUUCCAAGAAAGAGAUUUUUGCUACAUAAGUCAUACUACAUGUUCAACCCAUUAACUGCAGUAUUAUGGUUCAAAAUAAUUUCUGAAAUUGUAUGAAAGGCAUUUAAAUCAUUCGAGAAUGUAAAGUGGCCGUAGCUUUUUUUUAUAAGAAAGAUUUUCAAAUAAAUAUAUAUUUUAAUUAACAAAAAAAUAAAUUUUUUCUUUCGUAACUAUUUAGUUAAUUGUAAAUAUUUUAUCUGAAAUGAGUUGUGAUUAUAAAUGAAUAUUUUGAUCAUUUUCUAUUUUUAUAAGUGAAUCAUGAAUAAAUAAUUGUUUUUAUUGUA